AUGGGGAAUAAUGGUACAAAGCGAUUAUCAAACGCUGUGGAAUUGCAGCCGAACUCGUUGGUUGAAAAUAAAGAAGAUCUUACGUUGAUAUGGUUAGAUAAAAAUAUUGAUGAUUCUACCAAAAGUAUACUACGUGAAAUAGCUGAUCAUGUUCUGUUAUAUACUGAGAUUAAACCGUGUCAAGAUUACAUUCUCUCCAUCAAGAAGGAAAAAAUAUUCUUGAUAGUAUCCGGUGCAUAUGCAGAACAAAUUCUUGAAAAAAUUCACCCCUUGGAACAAGUCGAUUUGAUCUUUGUCUUUUGUCUUCACCAAGAAAAUUAUCAACAUCUCAUCGAUAAAUAUCGAAAAAUCGUCCAUAUAUUUACUGAUCAGGAAAAGCUGAUUCAGAGCAUCCAAACAAACAUAGACAUGGUUCUUAAACAACGGGAAACGUUCAAUUUAUUCAACGAACAAAAAUCAAUUAGAGAUUUGACCAAGGAAUCAGUGUCAUUCUUAUGGUUUCAGCUAUUUAAAGAUGUCCUGUUACAAAUGCCAGAUACGGAAGAAUCAAAAAUGGAAAUGAUUGAUAAAUGUCGAUAUUACUUUAGAGGAAACAUUGAAGAAUUGAAUGUGAUAGAAGAAUUCAGAUUGACCUAUAACAAGGAAGAAACAAUUGAAUGGUAUACGAGACAAUGUUUUAUAUACAGAUUAGUGAAUAAAGCCCUUCGAACAGAAGAUAUUGAACUAUUAUAUACAUUUCGAUUCUACAUAAAAGAUUUAUGUGAGAGACUUGCUCGUGAACAUGAAAUAUUACGACAAAUUCAACGGCAUGAGCAAGUAAUAACUCUCUACCGUGGUUUAAAACUAACCCGUGAUGAAUUAGAAAAAUUUCAAACCAAUAUUGGUAAAUUGAUAUCGACAAAUGGAUAUUUAUCAACAAGUCGUAAUCGUAACAUGGCGCUUCAGUUUGCGUCAAAAAUUUCUAAACGUUCAAACGGCAUUCAACCCGUUUUAUUUGAAAUUUCUGCCGAUACAAGAUUGAACGAUUGUAUUUUUGCUGAUGUUACAGCUUACAGUAUUUUUAGUGAAGAAGAAGAAGUUUUGUUUGAUUUGGGUUCGACAUUUAAGAUUUUGAGCGUGCAAUAUGAUAAUGGCACACAAAUAUGGAAUAUCAAAAUGGCAUUGACGAAUGAAGCAAAGCAUAUCGUUCAAAAAUACAUUGAUAUUAAUCGUCGAGAAAUGGAAAAAGGCAAUGUCGUUUUAUUGUUUGGUAUGCUUUUUGCAGAGAUGGGAGAAUACAAAAAAUCCCAGAUGUAUUUUGAAAAUCUACUGAAUGCCAACGUUGUUGACGAUAAAGCAUCGAUUUAUACGAAUUUAGGUCGUGCUAAAUAUCACCAAGGUCAAUUAGAUGAAGCUUUAAAAGACUUUAAAAAAGCGUACAACGUAUUAAAACAAGAUUCAAAGCCUAAUCAACUUGAUUUGGCACGUACAAUGAAUAAUCUUGGAUUGAUUUAUCAAGACAAGCAUCAAUAUGAUCUGGCACUAGACUAUCAUUUUGACGUUCUAAAAAUAUACAAACAAAAUUCGGAGACAAAUCAGUUAUUUAUUGCACACGCGUACGAUUGUAUCGGGUUAAUCUAUGUCAACAAAGACUGUAACUACGAGUUGGCAUUAAAGUAUUUUUUACAAGCGUCACAAUUAUACAAAACAUGUUUACCAACAACCGAUCAUUUAAAUCUCGCCACUAAUUUCAAUAAUAUUGGCCUGUGUUACUUUAACAUGGGCCAUUAUGAUCUUGCUGCUGACUAUUACAUGGAAGGUCUACGUAUACGAGAAAAAUUAUUACCUGCAAACCACUUAGAUUUGGCUAGUAGUUUGAAUAACGUUGGGCUCAUUUAUCACAAGAAAAGUCAGUUGGAAAAAUCAUUAUCAUCAUUCGAAAAAGCUCAGCGUAUCUACGAACAAAAAACGAAUCAACAGUCAAAUAUAGCUAUGUGUGAAAAUAAUAUAGGAGCAGUAUACAACCAACAGAAUAAGAGCGAAGAAGCUCUGAACCAUCAUUUAAAGGCGUUGAACAUACUACAAAGUUUGUCGAAUCAGAGCGCCGAUAUUGCCAUGACAUUGAGUUAUAUCGGAAACGUUUAUACUUCUCAGAGUAAAUAUCGUCGAGCAUUACACUAUUAUCGUAGAUCGUUAAAAAUUCAAGAGAAAGUGCUACCAUAUCAGCAUAUUGAUAUAGCAACAACAUUGAACAGCAUUGGUAUUAUCUAUCAGAAAAUGGACGAUCUCAAUCUAGCCUUCGAGUGUCAUAUGGAUGCUUUGAAACGAAGUGAAAAAUAUGCGCCAGAAAUUAAAGCACAGAUAUUAAGUAAUAUCGGUAUUAUUUAUCAUAAACAAGGUGAACUAGGAUUGGCGCUCGAUAUUUACAAAAAGGUCUUAUUAAUAAGAAAGAAAUCAACGUGUGAAAAUGAUAAUUCCGAAACAGCAUGGAUCUUAAAUAAUAUUGGAGCUGUAUACGAUGAUCUCGGUGAUUUUAGACAUGCUCUAAGAUACCAUGAUCGAGCAUUAAAGAUACGACGAAAGAUUUUGCCUGAAGACAGCCCAGACAUAGCCACAAGUUUGAAUAAUAUUGGCAUAAUUUAUCAGAAGAAUGGUGAAAAUAAAAAAGCAUUGGACUGCUAUAAAUCAGCACUCGAUAUAAGAACUCGUACAUUAGCUCACGAUCAUUUAGACAUAGCAAUCAGUUGUUAUAAUAUCGCUCUAAUACAUUACUAUGACCAAAACUUUUCAGAGGCUCAAAAAUAUCUAAAGAAAGUGACUCUUAUACAGCAAAAGAGACUAUCACCAACUCAUCCCGAUCUACAAAAAACAUAUGAGCUGAUGGAUACAGUAAAUAUGUCUGUUGAGAGUAGUUCGUAUUCUUGA